GCUAGAUGGCGUAAAUUGGGUCCAUUAAUAAAGUCAGUACAGUAUCCGUACAGUCGACGAAAUUGGCAUCGUAUUAUUCUAACAAAAGACGGCAGUAAUUCAUUACAUUUUUCAAAUCGUAUAAAAAAAAUUAUUAGACAACAAUUACGACAACAACAACAACAACGGCAACAACAACAACAACAACAACAACAAGAAACAAAACGUGCCAAUGCUGAAAAGGUUGAAAAACGACCGCGUGCGGGUGGAAUAUUGCUUUCAAAAGCUAAAAUAAAAUCAAAACUGUUUACCAGUGAAGUAGACGAAUGGCCAAGAGAAAUUGUAAAACCAACAACCACAACACUAUCAACUACUACCACUACAACCUUUACUACAGUGAUGCCUAUUACUGAUUUUCACACCGAUAUUAGCCCAAAAUUAACAACCAUUGGUACCACAUUUACUGCUGCUACCACACCAACUAUUGUAAUAGCUACCAACACUUCUGAUAUCCUUCCCUCCGCUUCAUCUUCCUUCUUCUCCUCUCCCACAACUACGAUUAUUGCUGCUUCAGAAUUCACUGAUUUCGACAAUGUAACAACCAUCGAACCGAAAUCAUUUCCAUUCAGCACAUCAUCAAACGAUUAUCAUUUUCGAAAAAUUACACCAGCAAAGAAAUUUAAAUUUGCUCAGAAAUUUCGACGACAACCACGGCUUAAAAUACGCAAACCAGGUUUGCUUUUAAUUUCAUUUGCAUAUUUUGUGCAUUUUAUAUUCAAAAGAAAAUUGUAG